UUGGCUCCCUCUCUUCAUCCUUUUCCGUUGUUUGGUUUAGUUUAGUCAACUGGCUAGCCCGGCUACUUGGGGAAGAACCAAACAGAGAAAUUUGCAGUCGUAUUCAGUGAUGACCACAUUAUUAUUGAGAUUUUUUCUGUUUGUUUGUUGUGGUCUGGUGAUUUUGGGAAACCAAGCGGUUGGAGGUGAUGUCGUUAAGCUGCCACCCAAUGCAACGAUUCCCGCUGUGUUUAUGUUUGGCGAUUCCAUCGUCGAUACAGGGAACAAUAACGUCAACCUGAAGACGCCAGCUCGGUGUAAUUUCCCUCCCUACGGCAGGGAGUUCGAAGGAGGAAUAUCUACUGGGAGAUAUUCCAAUGGAAAGGUUCCCUCUGACCUCAUAGUGGAAAAGUUAGGUAUUAAAGAGCUCCUGCCAGCCUAUUUGGAUCCAAACCUACAGCCCAAUGAUCUGCUUACAGGUGUCAGCUUUGCCGUUGGUGCCACCGGAUAUGAUCCUAUGACAGCCCAAAUUGUGGCAGUUACACCAUUGUUCGAUCAACUGCGGCAAUUUGAAGAGUACAUAGGAAAGCUCAAAGGAAUUGUGGGAGAAGAGAGAGCAAACUUCAUCCUAGCCAACAGUCUAUGUUUUGUGGUUGCAAGUAGCAACGAUAUUGCUAAUACCUACUUUGUUGCCGGCGUUAGGAAGUUAGAGUAUGAUGUUCCUUCUUACACUGACCUCAUGCUCAAUCAAGCUUCCGAUUUCUUUAAGGGAUUGUAUGCAUUGGGGGCACGAAGAAUUGGUGUUUUCAGUGCACCACCUAUUGGGUGUCUGCCAUCUCAGAGGACUUUAGGAGGAGGCGUGGAAAGAGAUUGUGCAGACAAACCAAACCAAGCAGCCAUGCUCUUUAACUCUAAGCUCUCUGCUGAGCUGGACGACCUCAAGAAUAACCUACCUAACUCGAUGCUGAUUUACGUCGACAUCUACAACCCACUUUUGGAUAUGAUCAUCAACCCUACUAAUUACGGGUUUGAAGUUUCGAACAAAGGGUGUUGCGGGAGUGGGAAGCUGGAGGUGUCCAUUCUGUGCAAUCGAUUCGAGCCAGAGACGUGUACGGAUGACUCUCAUUAUCUAUUUUGGGACAGCUACCACCCGACUGAGGGCGCCUACAAAAUCAUCGUCGACGAACUCAUAACAAAAUAUCUCCCCCACUUGGUGUGAUCACACACAAACAAGUAAUAAUUAAAUUAAGCAAAUUGUACGGAAUUAUGAAACAUGAUUAUCCAGUAUUUGAGCACUGAUUAGACAAAAUUAUUGAAAUUAGUUAAAGUUAAUUAAUUCAUUUGUUUU